CUCUCACACCUACCCCCCAGCAAAACCCCCGCCAUGACCGCCGAAGGCCUCACCCCGGAGCAACUCGCCUUCUUCCACGAGAACGGCUACCUCGUCCUGCCCGACCACCUCACCCCGACCGAGGUCCAACGCUGCCUCACGGAGACCAACCACCUCCUCGACACCUUCCCGCUCGACACCCACCCGCUCACGCAGUUCACCACGGGCGACGAUGACACCCAAAAAGAGCAUGUCGGCGACGACUACUUCCUCACCUCGGGCGACAAGAUCCGGUUCUUCUUCGAGCCGGACGCUUUCGACCGGGACACGCCGGGCGCGCUCCUCAAGCCCAAGCAGCAGGCCGUCAACAAGAUCGGCCACUCCCUGCACAGCCUGUCCCCACCGUUCCGCGAGGUCAGCCUGACCCCGCGCAACGCCGCCAUCGCCCGCUCCCUCGGCUUCCACGACCCCCGCGUCCUCCAGAGCAUGGUCAUCUGCAAGCAGCCCAGCAUCGGCGGCGCCGUGCCCAGCCACCAGGACUCCACCUUCCUGUACACGGACCCGCCUUCCGCCGUCGGCUGGUGGUUCGCGCUGCAGGACGCCGCCGUCGAGAACGGCACCCUCGGCAUGGUCCCCGGCUCGCAUCGGCGGAAUGGCAUCGCGCGGCGGUUCGUGCGGCGCGUGCCCGAUGGCAGUCGCGGGACGGAGUUCGUGGAGAAUACCGGUGCCAGGGUGCCCAAGGGCUUGGUUGAGGAGGAGACGCAAGAUGACGGGGAGGUGCAGCUGUUGGAUAUCAAGGCCGGCUCGUUGGUGCUCAUUCACGGCAAUGUCCUGCAUCAGAGCUCGAGGAAUACGAGUCCCCGGAGUCGGUUCGCGUAUACCUUUCAUGUCAUCGAGGGCGCCGAGGGCUGGGUCUAUGAUGAGCGGAAUUGGUUGCAGCCGCCCGAGAAUGGGGAGGGGUUUACGCGCUUGGUUUAGGGGUGGGGUUGGGGUUGUAUAUUCUUGACUACGGUUUGUGGAUGGACAGUGUAGCUGCAAUGAUUGUAU